AUGUUCCGCAUGCGGAGAUAUCGCGUGUUCCUCGUCUUUGCUGUCAUUACCGUCUUCGCGCUCUACAGGUUCAGCACGUCAGGUGCAACGUGGCGGGAAGCUGCGUCGAGUGCGGCUGGCCGGCUAGAGGAUGCAGCUGAAGACGCCGUGCAGUUCAUGCACAAGCCCAACCUUGUCGCGCAGGAGACGCGCAAGUUCGAGGUCGACGUGCCCGCCGCGACGAAGAAGACGCCCUUGCAAACACCGCCGCCGCCACCGCCACUGCCAACGCCACCGCCACCGCCCGCCGCGCCCCUGAACCCUCCUGCUGGCAGGAAGUCGUCGUCGGCAGCGCCCGCGUCGAGUCCCGUCGCGAUACCAAAGCUGCCGCAGCAGCACCUUCCAACGGUCCCUGUCCCUGCACCGGGACAGCCACACGGCCAGCCGGCCAACGCCAUCCAGCCAGAAUCGAUGAGCGUCGAACCGGUGCAUUGGUCGAAACUGCCUGAGAACUUCCCCGUCCCCUCGCAGUCAAUGAUCAAGCUCCCAGCUGGCACGUCGAAACCGAUCAAGAGGAUACAAUUCGACUUCAAGCCCGAAUCGCCUGCGGCGCGAGCAGAGAGAAGCGCAAAACUCGACGCAAUCAGGAACGUGUUCAAGAAGUCCUGGAAGGGCUACAGAGAGCUUGCCUGGGAGCAUGAUGAGCUCAAGCCCGUCUCUGGUGAAUUCAAAGACCCGUUCGCCGGCUGGCGUGCGACACUGGUGGAUGCGCUGGACACACUAUGGAUCAUGGGGCUGAAAGAGGAGUUUGCAGAUGCAGUCAAGGCCGUUGCCACAAUCGACUUCACGACGACCUCGCGCGCCGACAUUCCGCUGUUCGAGACGACAAUCCGCUAUCUCGGCGGGCUGCUGGCAGCGUACGACGUCAGUGGGAAGCAGUACGAAAUUCUCCUCGACAAGGCCGUGGAGCUUGCCGAGCUUCUGUACAGCGCGUUUGACACGCCGAACCGCAUGCCCGAGACGUAUUACUAUUGGAGAUCGCAGUUUGCAGCCAAUGCUCACCGCGCGAGCAGUCGCGUGGUCCUGGCUGAAAUCGGAUCGCUGUCCAUGGAGUUCACCAGGCUGGCGCAGCUCACUGGGGACAACAAGUACUAUGACGCAGUUGCGCGCAUUACCGAUCAUCUCGAGGAGUUUCAAAACAACACUAGAUUGCCGGGCAUGUGGCCGAUCUACCUUGACGCCUCAGGCUGCAAGAUGGUGGCUAUUGAUGUGCCGGCGCAGGUACCUUUGAACGUUCCCCUGGAAGACGUUCCCACAGCAGAGGUCGAGUCACCGACGCCUGUGCCCACGCCUACACCGACCGAGCACCUUUCGCCAGACGGCAAGAAGAUGAUCCCGCUCGACCUGCCAGAUCCCAUCGUGCUCACACCAAACGGGGUAAACCCAACAUGGGUACCACCAAAAGAGGGCUUGGAGGAUCCAAUGCUUGCAGCACUUGGGUCGGGUGCUAAGAUGUCCGCACUGUCUGCUUUGGGGCGGCGACAGCUGGAUCUGGAUUCGAGGACCCCACCGAAGAAGGCGAGUGACUUGGAAGCUGACUUGCUUGCGCUCCAAAAAGGCAACACGGAUAGGAUUCAGUUUGAUGCGGCUUCGUCAACUGGCCCAGCCGUACCUGCAGCCCCCACGUGCAGUCCGCAAGGUUUCGCUUCAACGUUAGACUACGGCAGCGAGGAGUACACGCUUGGCGGUAUGUCUGACUCCACAUACGAGUAUCUUCCCAAGCAGUGGCUGCUUCUCGGUGGCCAGAUCGAAAAGUAUCGCACAAUGUACGAAUGGUCCAUGGAUGUUGUCAAAGAGCAUCUGAUCUUCCGCCCUAUGCUUCCCCAAGGUAACGACGUCCUUUAUUCCGGCAAGUUCAACGUGCAUUCCUCCAAAGACGAACCGCUCGUAGGCGACCUCCAACCCGAGAACGCGCAUCUGACAUGUUUCGCCGGCGGUAUGUUUGGCAUGGGCGCCAAACUCUUCGACCGUCCGGAAGACCUCGAGAUUGCGAAGAAGCUUACAGAUGGCUGUAUAUACGGCUACGACAUGACGGUAACAGGCAUCAUGCCUGAAGCUUACGACGCCGUACUGUGCGAUAGUAGGAAAGAGUGUCCCUGGAAUGAGACAUUGUAUCACGAACUGCUCGACCCCCGCUCGGACUGGCGUCUGGAAAACUAUCAGGAGCAGCUGCAGCAGUAUCAGAUUCAGCUUGUUUCCGCUUCGUCGUGGUACGAGGAACAGAUGGCAUUGUAUACUGCUGCACCUGCCCCAAUCGAGAAUCCUAUCGUCGCGGCACUGCCAACUCCAAUACCUUCCUACGUCUACGCAGACACCCUCGACAAGCGCCAAAUGAUAGAUCUUUUGGACGACGCUACACAUGUUAACAUCGAAGACACACCAGGCGUGCCAGCUAGACCUGCGAAUCCCUCGCCUCCAGCUGCCGUCAGAUCUCCCGCCGUACCUCUGAAUCAGAACCACGAGUCAGUCAUGGGCGGUGAGUCUGAGGAGGGCGAAGGCCCACCCACACGUGUGCAACCUUCUCCCGCCAUUCCCGAACUCGCAGAGCCGAGUCGCACGAUGCCUGCUUUCCCAUACUUGUACUCGCCUGUCGUGCCGUUCACGCACAAGGAGUACGUCAAGAACCGCAUCGAGGAAGAACGCCUGCCCGAAGGUGUGGUUAGGAUUGGGAGCAAGAACUAUAUCCUACGACCUGAAGCCAUCGAAAGCGUAUGGUACAUGUACCGUAUCACUGGCGAGGCGCACUGGCGAGAAGCGGGCUGGCGCAUGUUCGAAGCCGUCAUCAAAGCCACGACGACAGAAUUCGGCAACAGCGCCAUCGACGAUGUGACCAAGACGACCCCGGAGCUAAACGAUAGCAUGGAGAGCUUCUGGCUCGCGGAGACGCUCAAGUACUUUUACCUGCUGUUUGCGGAUGAGUCGCUGGUCAGCUUGGAUGAGUGGGUGUUGAACACCGAGGCGCAUCCUUUCAGACGACCUGCAUAG